AUCUGGGUGGUCUCUGGUAUUGAAAUCCGAUUCCUCAUACUUUACAAAUGUCCCUCGAACUCAAACAGGAAGCAGAUAGAUAAUGAAACUCAGCCCGGUUCAAAGUUCACAACUUCCCAGUUCAGAUUUCCCACACUUUCACUCUCUCUAAAUAAAAUUCCACUAUUUCACCUCCCAAAUAAAGGGGAACUUCAAACAGAAAUAAUUAAUAAAUAAGAAAAUUUAAUAUGUCCACCGUUUCUUCCUCUAAAUUCUUCGGCAUUCUCGCCACUGAUAUCUUCUCUUUUAAAACUCCUCAAAAUCCACCCAAAGUUCCAAACUUUUUCCCUUCGCUUUUCCCAAAAUUGCCUUCAUGUCUCCACCUCCUCGCCCACCACGCUUCAAGAAAAUCCCUGACCCUGGUUUCUUCAAAGUCCUCUGGUUCCUCAGAGGAACUAUCAUCAGCUAGUCCAGAGGAUGAGUGGCUGAAGAAGCUUCCGGACAAGAAGAAGCCCCUCUACUCUCACAGCCUGCCUUGUAUUGAGGCCUGGCUCAGGAACUUGGGGUUUAACCAGAGCAAAGAGGACCGAGCCGUUUGGCUUGUGGAGAAGCCCGAGUGGCAUGCCCAACUCUCACUGGAUGUCACUGACCUCUAUAUAAGGUACCUGAAAAGUGGACCUGGGAAUCUUGAAAAGGAUGUUGAGAGGCGAUUUAGUUAUGCACUGAGCAGAGAGGAUAUUGAGAAUGCCGUGCUCGGAGGACCUUAGCCAAAACAUUGAUUAAUCUUGCUGUCAUAUUGUUUGUCUGCUAAAUUUAUUCAGAAAUGCCCCCACCGCGUCUUGGUUUGCUGACUUGUUGAUGGAAUUGGAAUCAUUGAUGGUUUUUGGUAUCUAUUUUGUAUCGUUGAAUGCAAAAUGAAAGGAAUGUUUGAUUUUUGAAUGCAAA